AUCGUCGUUGCCAGACUGCACAGUGAGCUGGGAUUUUUCCCCGAUCUUUGCUGUGCAACAGGUUUAUCAGAUAGCAGCUUUCCCCUGCUGAAUGCAUCUGGAAAUUGCAUGAAUCAGCCCCGACCAGUUAUCCCGCCCACCAACCAACGAGAUGAGUGGCGCAGAAACUGCCGAGGCAGUGGCUCUGGCCCAGGACCAGGCGAACGGAAAUAGGACCAGGUCGCGAUCCCACAUCGAUGACACCAUGGCCAUUCGACUGCUGCCUCUGCCGGUGCGUCACCAGCUCUGUGCCCACCUGGACGCCCUGGAUGUGUGGCUGCAGCUGGCGACGGCCGUCAAGCUUUAUCCGGAUCAAGUGGAGCAGAUAAGCAGCCAGAAGCAGCGGGGACGGUCUGCGUCGAACGAGUUCCUCAACAUUUGGGGUGGGCAGUACAACCACACCGUUCAGACAUUGUUUGCUUUGUUCAAGAAAUUGAAGCUCCACAAUGCCAUGCGGCUGAUUAAAGACUAUGUGAGCGAAGAUUUGCACAGGUACAUUCCCAGGAGUGUUCCGACCAUCAGCGAGCUGCGUGCUCUGCCGGAUUCCAGUGCCAAGGUGAACAAUGGCCCGCCCUUUCCCUCCUCCUCCGGUGUUAGCAACUCCAACAACAAUCGGACCACCACGACCGAGGAGAUUCCUAGUCUGGAGUCGCUGGGAAACAUUCACAUCAGCACGGUUCAAAGGGCAGCCGAAUCCCUGCUUAAGAUCGAUUAUUCUGAGCUGGAAAUCGCCACAGAUAACUGGUGUCCCGACAAUCGACUCGGACAGGGUGGAUUCGGAGAGGUUUAUCGAGGCGAGUGGAAGCAGCUGGACGUGGCCAUAAAGGUGAUGAACUACCGCAGCCCCAACAUCGACAAGAACCAGGUGGAGCUGCAACAAAGCUAUAACGAGCUUAAGUACCUCAACACCAUACGGCACGACAAUAUUCUGGCACUGUACGGUUACAGCAUCAACGGCGAGAAGCCCUGCCUGGUCUACCAGCUGAUGAAGGGCGGCUCGCUGGAGAAUCGUCUUCGGGCGCACAAGUCACACCAGCCAUUGCCAGCUCUAACCUGGCAGCAACGGUUCAGCAUCUGUCACGGCACAGCCAGGGGCAUCUACUUCCUGCACACAGCUCGCAGCACUCCGCUUAUCCACGGGGAUAUCAAGCCGGCGAACAUUCUGUUGGAUCAGUGCUUGCAGCCAAAGAUCGGUGACUUCGGACUGGCGCGGGAGGGUCCCAAGUCUAUUGAUGCAGUGAUGCAGGUGAAAAAAGUAUUUGGAACAAGGAUCUAUUUGCCUCCAGAGUUUCGCAACUCCAAGCAGCUUAGCACAGGCGUGGAUGUGUACAGCUUUGGCAUAGUGCUGCUAGAGGUAUUUACUGGGCGACAGGUGACCGAUCGGUUGCCCAAGAACGACCUGCAACAGGAUCUACUGCACUACGUCAAACAACACUGGCGGCAGAAUCGCACCGAGUUGCUGGACAAGCACGUUGCGAUGCCACUGGGCGAAGAGUUGGACAUGUGUAUGUGCGCCAUAGAGGCGGGACUGCACUGCACCGCUCUGGAUCCGCAGGAUCGUCCCUCAAUGGAUGCAGUACUCAACCGCUUUAAGCCAUUCCGCAAUGAUUUUUAUUAGCAUUUCAGUGACCUAAGUUAUUAAGUGCCUUAUGUUAUCGUUUUACUGUUUUAUACCUGCUUUUUAUAUGUAACUCGAAGCACUAUAAUUAAUCGUUACAAUAUUCUCCAAGGGUUGAAUAUAUGUAUGCUCAAUCGAAAUGUAGUAUAUAAAGCCGCAUAAAUCCACAGAA